AUGGCAAAUCGUCGCGUGCCGCUGGCCAGUUUGCAGAAUGCCACCAACUCGCCCAUACGCGCCCCUGUCGUCGCCGGAAAGCGCCAACGCUCGCACGCGAGCGAGCAACGCGACAUGCCCUACGGCCAGCCCCCGCAGAAGAAGCAGAUGAUCGAGGUCGACGAUGCCGAAGCUCGCCGCCAUGGCCUCGUCCGCCGCAGCGGUGCCCCUACCACGGCCUUGACUAGGAAGCUCGAGGCUGCCCGUGAGACCAAAGCACCGCCCAAGCAGCCCGAGAAGACGCAGCGAGUCACAAACGACCUCGAGACCAUUCGCCAGUGGCAGCGACACUACCGCAAGCUCUUCCCGCAGUUCGUCUUCUACUUCGACAGCGUCCAGGAGCCCCAGAAGGACAAGCUCAUGAGUCGAGCUCAGAUCCUUGGCUCACGCGAGGUCACCUUCUUCUCCCGUGAAGCUACCCAUGUCAUCACCACGCGUCCCAUUCCUGUCGACGUCGACACCAGCUCGUCAGCCCACGCCAAGGGCACCGUCAACCCAGCCCAACUGGAAAACAAAAAGUCCGUCUUCGACGCUGCACUCUCCAAGUCCGGCCAGUCGGGCCGUGGUGACAUCCUCGUCAAGGCGAAGGAGUUGGGAAUGAAGAUAUGGUCGGUGGAGAAGCUUCAGCGUAUGGUCGACACCAUGUUCAGCAAAGAGACGGGAGAGGACAUCCACUACACGACGCGUCAUGGUACCGUCGCUGGACAGAAAGCCCGUCAGGCUGAUUUGCAAAGGUUGCUGCAGAACGAGAAGUUGGAUCGAGAUUAUGUCAUCGGUGCUCAGGAUAUGGUCCAGCUCCGUGGCUACCACGUCUAUGUGCACGACAUGGAUGAAGUCACACGCCCUGUCAUGAUCAGAGAGUACCAGAAGGUCGAGAAAGAGAAGGGCAAGUGGCCGCAGUUCCGCGCCUCAGGCAACGGCAAGUGCCCCUUUGUGGAAGAUCCUCACUUUGGUCGUCGCCAACAGGAGGAGCAGGAGGAGCGACGAGCACAGAGGGCUCUAGCAGCCGCUCCGCGUACUCGUGCUGCAUCAGCCAUGGAAGAAAAGCGCGUCCUGGGCGAGAACAACAACUUGGCUCAGCGCGAGCCCGCCCCAGCUGCAAUCAAGAAGGAAAAGCGCGAAGACGACGCGAAGCCUUUAGAUCCUCCCAAGGGUCUCCCCCUUAAACGCACAUCCACCGAAGGUCCCCCCAUGUUCGGCAGUGCCCAAGCCAACGUACGUGCUAUGCCGCGCUUCAUCGGAGGAGAGCCCGUUGCCUCUGGUCUUCAUCAGUCCAACGUGACUUCCGCCAUCCAAUCCCAGAUGAUAUCCUCGACCGCCGCCGCACCGCGGGCCGGAAAUAGCAAGGAGGUGAACCAACUGCAGCGCAAGGUUUUGGAGAAGAACAGUGUCACGUCAGCCAACAGCGGCUACUCCUCUGUCAUGAACGAUGUGCGCGUUCCUCUCAACCAAGACCAUACUCAGCCAAUGCGUGCUGCCAAGCGCAAGGCUCAGGAAAGCCUCAGCCAGGCCCAUGAAAUGGCCGAACAAGAGAGGCAGGCCCGCAAGAUUGCUGCGCUGCGCAGACGCAAGACUGCCGAAAAGGAAUUGAAACCUGGCUAUUGCGAGAACUGCAGGGAGAAGUUCAACGACUUCGACGAGCAUUGUGUCACUCGCAAACACCGCAAAUUCGCCGCGACAAACGAGAACUGGGCUGAGCUUGAUGCUCUGCUUGCCCAGCUCGAUCGUCAAUGA